UCUGGGGGUUCCCCUUAGCAGGACAGAUGGCAAAAAGGCAUGGCGCCACCAAUCACCCUCUCUCCGGCAUGUGCCACCAGCCCAGUUCUGCCAGACGCUGGGGUGACCUCUAGGACCUCCAGUCACCGGGUGCCGAGCAUGGCACGGCCAUUCUGCCCCUUGUGGCUCCUACUUCAACAGAGAAAUGCACGGCAGGAGUGCAGGGCAGGGAGCCCACCUGGGACAGGCCCGCACUGCGGUCAGGGCUUGGGAUGCCUCCCUCCCCAAGGCCUCCCCGCCCUCUCACUGUCCCCCCCCAGCCCUGAACUGACUUCCGUCCCCAUGCAUGGGCCUCCUCCAGAACAUCACAGAAAUGGUUACGCAGGUACAGCCCUCGGCAUGGGGCUCCUCCCACUCAGGCACGCCUGUCAGGAAGCGUCUGCACUGUUUGCCUCCAGUGACGUCCUCGUCACCACCUGCCCGCCCGCCCCUGAACGUGGGCUGGGUCUAGCUGGCCACCAGUGGAUGGACGCUCCAGGCUUUGCUGCCACAGACGAAGCUCCUGGGACUGUCUGUCCCUCAGUCCUCAUGUGGACAUCCUGGAUCUCACGGGGUCUGGGGACCAGCUGGUCUGCAGAGAGGGACCCUACAGAAGCUGUGGACGGAUCCGGGGGAACUGAGGCUGAGACGGGUCUGUUUCCAGCUCCAGCGUCUGAGAAGAGCCGCCGCCACGCCCGCAAGACCCUUCACGUGUGUGGACGAGUGGCCGUCACCUUCUGUGCAGCCAGAACCACGUGUGGCGGUGACACGGGGACACUUACAUGCCGCCUCUGCUGGGUGGAUCCAGGACUGCGGGCCAACUCUCUUACACCCGCGUUAAAAAGAAAACUGAGGUAUUUUUCUUGGGGUUAUGAAAGUUACACAAACCCAUCCUAGCAAAUUUGGAGAGUGGAAAACAGCUAAAGGAAGAAAGCUGCAGGUCUGAGCGUGUCAAUGGGGGGCUGUGCGUGCGGCGGCGGGGGCGCGCAGAAACUAACCGAGAACAGCCCCAAAAUACGCUCAACUUAGAAUGACACAAAACGCAAAACCCAUGGUCACACCCCCAAAUGACGUCCAGCCUCCCCCCGGGUCUGUCCCUGGGGCUGUGAUUGCAGACACGGGCUGGCAGCCUUGGCUUGGCCCUCGAGGUGCCCCGGGGGUGGGACGGUCAGUGGCAGAGCCAGGACGAGGCCCAGAUGCUUCCAGAGCCCUGGUCUCACAGGAUGCCACGGGCCUGGCGGGGUC